AUGCUUGUUCCGCGAUCAACCUCACCAAAUGGAGCCUCCACCCGCUCGCCACACGGUGCGCAUGGCACCUCGCCUAAGGAUGCCCAUGGUGCCUCGCCAGAAGACGUGCAUGGUACCUCGGCUGAGGACGCCCAGGACGCCUCGCUUAAGGAUGCGCAUGGUGCCUUGCCCGAGGGCCCUCAUGGUGUAUUGCUUGGCAACGCCCAUGGCGCCUCGCCUAUGUUGACUGGGGUCCUUUCCUUGCCAAUGCCUCCUCUUUCAGUCACCACCACACCAACAGCCGCCUCACCACCUCCCUUGGUGCCGAUUGCUCCAUCGCCACUGACAUCCUCACCGACAAACCUUUGCGUCCUUUCUCCUUCACAUGAUAUUGAUCUCUAA